AUGCCCGGUGGCGAUAUGACACGUGUGCUCGGCAUGCUCUACUCUCUGUAUCCGCAUGUCCAGACUCUGGAGGAGUUCGGGGACGGGACUGUCUUCAGAGAGGGACAGAGAGCGGUGCUCAUCGAACCGACAGAUACAAACCGCUUCAUAUCGUUUGUCCGAGGAGUGUUUGUCUGUACGGAUAAAACCCUACAGACCGUUCCCAGCUGCAAUCAGGUAAACGUGUAGUUAGCUAGCUACAUAACUAAAGCAUAGCCUAGCUAGCUAACGUCACGGAGUAGCCGACUUUUUACUUAGCUAAAUAUUUGCGAUAAAAUGCAACGUUUUGAAUUGACAUUUGAGAUGAAGAAAGAUGCUUUGUAUUGUUUUGCACUGCUACGUUUGACCCCAGAAGCCAUGGAUUAAAAUGCACAAACAGUGCAGAGACAGCCAGCAAGACACACACACAUUUCACAUUUACAUUUUAGUCAUUUAGCAGACGCUCUUAUCCAGAGCGACUUACAGUUAGUGAAUGCAUACAUUUUUCAUACUGGCCCCCCGUGGGAAACGAACCCACAACCCUGGCGUUGCAAGCGCCAUGCUCUACCAACUGAGCUACAGGGGACUACAUUGUGCCUAUUAUGUUGAUGUAUUGACUACGUCAUUCUUAAAUCACCAGGAUGGACAUUCGGAAAGUAUUCAGACCCAUUGACUUUUUCCACAUUUUGUUACAUUAGUCUUAUUCUAAAAUGGAUAACAAAAAAAAAAAUCCUCACCAAUCUACACGCAAUACCCCAUAAUGACAAAGCAAAAACAGGUUUUUAGAAAUUUUAGCAAAUGUAUUAAAAAUAAACAGAAAUACCUUAGUUACAUAAGUAUUCAGACCCUUUGCUAGACUCGAACUUAAGCUCACCUGUGGUAAAUUCAAUUGAUUGGACAUGAUUUGGAAAGGCACACACCUGUCUAUAUAAGGUCCUACAGUUGACAGUGCAUGUCAGAGCAAAACCCAAGCCAUGAGGUCGAAGGAAUUGUCAGUAGAGCACCGAGACAGGAUUGUGUCGAGGCACAGAUCUGGGGAAGGGUACUAAAUAAUUUCUGCAGCAUUGAAGGUCGCCAAGAACAGCGUGGCCUCCAUCAUUUUUAAAUGAAAGAAGUUUGGAACCACCAAGACCAUCCCUACGGUGAAGCAUGGUGGUGGCAGCAUCAUGCUGUGGGGAUGUUUUUCAGCGGCAGGGACUGGGAGACUAGUCAGGAUCGAGGGAAAGAUAACUGAGCAAAGUACAGAGAGAUCCUUGAUGAAAACCUGCUCAGGACCUCAGACUGGGGCAACGGUUCACCUUCCAACAGGACAACGACUCUAAGCACACAGCCAAGGCAACGCAGGAGUGGCUUCUGGACAAGUCUCUGAAUGUCCUUGAGUGGCCCAGCCAGAGCCCGGACUUGAACCCGAUCGAACAUCUCUGGAGAGAACUGAAAAUAGCUGUGCAUCCAACCUGACAGAGCUUGAGACGAUCUGCAGAGAAGAAUGGGAGAAACUCCCCAAAUACAGCUAUGCCAAGCUUGUAGCGUCAUACCCAAGAAAACUCUAGGCUUUAAUCGCUGCCAAAGGUGCUUCAACAAAGUACUGAGUAAAGGGUCUGAAUAAUUAUGUAAAUUUGAUAUUUCAGUUUAAAAUGUUUAAUACAUUUGCAAAAAAUUCUAAAAAACCUGUUUUUGCUUUGUCGUUAUGGGGUAUUGUGUGUAGAUUGAUGGGGGGGGGGUAAUGUUGAUGUAUUGACUACGUGUCAUCCUUAGAUCAGCACCGUGCCUGUAAUGUUGACGUAUUGACUACAUGUCAUCCUUAGAUCAGCACCGUGCCUGUAAUGUUGACGUAUUGACUACGUGUCAUCCUUAGAUCAGCACCGUGCCUGUAAUGUUGAUGUAUUGACUACAUGUCAUCCUUAGAUCAGCACCGUGCCUGUAAUGUUGAUGUAUUGACUACAUGUCAUCCUUAGAUCAGCACCGUGCCUGUAAUGUUGAUGUAUUGACUACAUGUCAUCCUUAGAUCAGCACUGUGCCUGUAAUGUUGAUGUAUUGACUACGUGUCAUCCAUAGAUCAGCACCGUGCCUGUAAUGUUGAUGUAUUGACUACGUGUCAUCCAUAGAUCAGCACCGUGCCUGUAAUGUUGAUGUAUUGACUACGUGUCAUCCAUAGAUCAGCACCGUGCCUGUAAUGUUGAUGUAUUGACUACGUGUCAUCCUUAGAUCAGCACUGUGCCUGUAAUGUUGAUGUAUUGACUACGUGUCAUCCAUAGAUCAGCACCGUGCCUGUAAUGUUGAUGUAUUGACUACGUGUCAUCCUUAGAUCAGCACCGUGCCUGUAAUGUUGAUGUAUUGACUACGUGUCAUCCUUAGAUCAGCACCGUGCCUGUAAUGUUGAUGUAUUGACUACGUGUCAUCCUUAGAUCAGCACCGUGCCUGUAAUGUUGACGUAUUGACUACAUGUCAUCCUUAGAUCAGCACCGUGCCUGUAAUGUUGAUGUAUUGACUACGUGUCAUCCUUAGAUCAGCACCGUGCCUGUAAUGUUGACGUAUUGACUACGUGUCAUCCUUAGAUCAGCACCGUGCCUGUAAUGUUGAUGUAUUGACUACGUGUCAUCCUUAGAUCAGCACCGUGCCUGUAAUGUUGAUGUAUUGACUACGUGUCAUCCUUAGAUCAGCACCGUGCCUGUAAUGUUGAUGUAUUGACUACGUGUCAUCCUUAGAUCAGCACCGUGCCUGUAAUGUUGAUGUAUUGACUACAUGUCAUCCUUAGAUCAGCACCGUGCCUGUAAUGUUGACGUAUUGACUACGUGUCAUCCAUAGAUCAGCACCGUGCCUGUAAUGUUGAUGUAUUGACUACGUGUCAUCCUUAGAUCAGCACCGUGCCUGAGCUGUUGGCGUUCGUGUUGAACAACAUCAAGAGGAAGAAGAAAAGGAAUGUCUUGGCUCACGGUUACGGUUACCCCUCCGCGUUCCAGGACCGCGACGCCGACCAGUUUAAGUUCCACGGCGAGGUCACUCAGAGUGCCGCGUACGUCCACGGUAGCGACCUAUGGAAGAGGAUCUGCCAGCGCCUCGGCACGGACGUCACCAAGUACCUCCUGGAGAGCUGUUCUGUGUUCGUCACGGUGCCACCGUCGUCCGCGUUCCAGGUGUGCGGCGUGCCUGUGUACGACCGCGUUUCCACGUCAACGGGCAUAUCAAGGUUCCACCUGGGAUACAAUCGGAAUGCUACUACUGGGAACGCCAGGAGUAGCAAGGAGGGGGGAAAUAGGGGAUGGGAAUUUCAGGGUUCUGAUAUGAGAAAAAGGAGGAGAAGGGAUGGAGGUGGAGCCACUGGGAAAAGGAAGAAGGGAGAAGAGGUGAGUUUGGGUGGGAAGAGGAAGAGAGAUGAGGAGGAGGAGGAAGGAGAAGGAGGAAGGAGAGGGGUGUUUGCCUGGAAAAAGGAAAUGCACUCAAAGGGAAGCUUCGACAGUCUCCAGUGGGACUAGCGAUGGUAAGCUCAGAACACUGGAAACAAAUGGGGUCAAGCGACCAGUGGAGGUUAUUUCUCUCACGAAGGGACCCACACAGAGCCUACAGGUGUCAGUAGAAAUGGAACAACUCAGGAAGCCAUUGGAGCAAAUGGCUGGAGGUGAAAGACCAGUGGAGGCUGUGAUGCUCAUCAUAGAACCCACAGAGAGCUCUAUGCAGGUCCCCGCUGGUCAUGGUGAGCAGAUAUCAAUGAAAACAGGAUGUAGAAGGCCAGCGGAAACACCGGCUGUAGUCCAAAGACCAGUAGAAGAAAAGUCUGGAGCCAAAAUACCCGUCGAGGCACCCGUAUCAGCCACCGUCCAUAUAGAGGGGGGUCCUAGUUGGAGAUCAGGGUUGUUCCCACCACUCCCCCCCUCCCAGUGCUUCAUCCGCACCCUGGGCAUGCUCUACGGGGGGCGGGGCAUGCGCAGCUUCCUGCUAAACAGGAAGAGGAAAGGUGGGGAUGAGGGGCCCAGGCGUCUGCAGGGGCGGGACUUAGUGAGACUGGUGUUCUUUGAAGGCGUGGCCUAUCUGAACGGAACAGAGAGGAAGACUAAGAGACUUCCCAGAAGGUUUUUCAACAUGGUGCCCUGGUUUAGUCAGCUGUUACGUCGACACAGGAGUUGUCCCUAUUCUAAGAUACUGCAGAGGGUUUGUCCACGGGUGGGAGAUGGAGAGGGGGAUAGCGCCGCGCUCCUGUCCCAGCACACUGCACUUCACCGGGUGUACCUCUUUGUCAGAGAGUGCCUCUCCGUGGUGGUCCCCCUGGAGCUCUGGGGGUCGGACCACAACCGAUUAAACUUCCUGUCCCGAGUCAGGAACUUCCUGUCCAUGGGCAAGUUUGAGAGGAUCUCAUUGGCUGAGCUGAUGUGGAAGAUGAAGGUGAACGACUGUGAUUGGCUGAAGAUCAGCAAGACCGGUGAGUUCCACUUUCCCAGACUCUUAACUUUACCCCAUCUCCUACUCACCUUCCAGUACUCACUCACCUCUCUUACCCACUCCCUCUUCUUCACCCAACUUUACCCAAUCUCUCUCCUUCUCCAUCCAGCUUCCAUUACAUCUGUUACGUUAUUAUUUCCACUCAUUCUAACCCCUUGUCCCCAGGCCGCUGCCCGCCCAGUGAGCUGUCGUAUCGGACGCGGCUGCUUGGCCAGCUCCUGGCUUGGCUGCUGGAUGGCUACGUGCUAGGCCUGGUGAGAGCCAUGUUCUACGUCACAGAAAGCAUGGGACAGAAGAACGCACUGCGCUUCUACAGAUACCAGGUCUGGGCCAAGCUGCAGGAGUUGGCUUUCAGGUAUUAUACACAGUUACACACGUACGAGCAUGAUCAUACUGUCAUACACACAGCACUCAGUGCUAGAGUCACUCAGACUUACACAAACCCCCCCCCCACUCACGCUCGCGCUCUCUCUCUCUCUCUCUCUCGCUCUCGCUCUCUCUCUCUGUGUGUCUGUCUCUCUCUCUCUCUCUCUCUCCUCUCUCUCUCUCUCUCUCUCUCUCUCUCUGUGUGUCUGUCUCUCUCUCUCUCUCUCUCUGUGUGUGUGUCUCUCUCAAUUUCAAUUUAAGGGCUUUAUUGGCAUGGGAAACAUAUGUUAACAUUGCCAAAGCAAGUGAAGUAGAUAAUAAACAAAUGUACAAAUGGGAAAAUAAAUAAACAUAAAUAUGGGUUGUAUUUACAAUGGUGUUGGUUCUUCACUGGUUGCCCUUUUCUUGUGGCAACAGGUCACAAGUAUGGCUGCUGUGUUGGCACACUGUGGUAUUUCGCCCAAUAGAUAUGGGAGUUUAUCAAAAUUAGGUUUGUUUUCGAAUUCUUUGUGGAUUUCUGUAAUCUGAGGGAAAUCUGUGUCUCUAAUAUGGUCAUACAUUUAGAGGAUAGGAAGUGCAGCUCAGUUUCCACCUCAUUUUGUGGGCAGUGUGCACAUAGCCUGUCUUCUCUUGAGAGCCAGGUCUGCCUACGGCGGCCUUUCUCAAUAGCAAGGCUAUGCUCACUGAGUCUGUACAUAGUCAAAGCUUUCCUUAAGUUUGGUUCAGUCACAGUGGUCAAGUAUUCUGCCACUGUGUACUCUCUGUUUAGGGCCAAAUAGCAUUCUAGUUUGCUCUGUUUUUUUGUUAGUUAUUUCCAAUGUGUCAAGUAAUUCUCUUUUUGUUUUCUCAUGAUUUGGUUGGGUUUAAUUGUGUUGCUGUCCUGGGGCUCUGUGGGGUCUGUUUGUGUUUGUGAACAGAGCCCCAGGACCAGCUUACUUAGGGGACUCUUCUCCAGGUUCAUCUCUCUGUAGGUGAUGACUUUGUUAUGAAAGGUUUGGGAAUCUCUUCCUUUUAGGUGGUUGUAGAAUUUAACGGCUCUUUUCCGGAUUUUGAUAAUUAGCGGGUAUCGGCCUAAUUCUGCUCUGCAUGCAUUAUUUGGUGUUUUACGUUGUACACUGAGGAUAUUUUUGCAGAAUUCUGUGGUGUUUGUCCCAUUUUGUGAAUUCUUGGUUGGUGAGCGGACCCCAGACCUCAGAACCAUAAAGGGCAAUGGGUUCUAUAACUGAUUCAAGUAUUUUUAGCCAGAUCCUAAUUGGUAUGUCAAAUUUUAUAUUCCUUUUGAUGGCAUAGAAGGCCCUUCUUGCCUUGUCUCUCAGAUCGUUCACAGCUUUGUGGAAGUUACCUGUGGCGCUGAUGUUUAGGCCGAGGUAUGUAUAGUUUUUUGUGUGCUCUAGGGCAACGGUGUCUAGAUGGAAUUUGUAUUUGUGGUCUUGGCAACUGGACCUUUUUUGGAACACCAUUAUUUUUGUCUUACUGAGAUUUACUGUCAGGGCCCAGGUCUGACAGAAUCUGUGCAGAAGAUCUAGGUGCUGCUGUAGGCCCUCCUUGGUUGGGGACAGAAGCACCAGAUCAUCAGCAAACAGAAGACAUUUGACUUCAGAUUCUAGUAGGGUGAGGCCGGGUGCUGCAGACUGUUCUAGUGCCCUCGCCAAUUCGUUGGUAAAUAUGUUGAAGAGGGUGGGGCUCAAGCUGCAUCCAUGUCUCACCCCACGGCCCUGUGGAAAUAAACAGCACACUUGUUGUUUGUUUACAUGGAUUUUAUAAUGUCGUAUGUUUUUCCCCAACACCAUUUUCUCUCUCUGUCUCGGUCUCCUCUGUCUCUCUCUCUGUCUCCUCUAACUCUGUGGUCAACGUCUACUAACUAUUAUGACCUUGUUCCCAGGGGUCACCUCUCUAAAGGACAGAUGUCAGAGUUGACCCUGGCCCAGGUGAUGUCGCUCCCCAAAACCACCGUCACCUCUCGCCUCCGCUUCAUCCCGAAGACCGACGGCAUGAGACCCAUCACACGGGUCAUAGGGGCUGACGCCAAAACAAGGGUACGACUUUGGCCCUUUUUUAAAAUAAGUGUUUCCAUAAGUGUGUGUGUGUGUUUCUCUCUGGUGUGUAUCUGUCUUGCUGUCAGUGUGUGUGAUCUCUUCCUCCAGCUGUUCCAGGCCCGUGUGAGGGACCUGUUGGACGUGCUGCGUGUGUGUGUUCGCUCCUCUCCCUCUCUACUGGGCUCCACGGUGUGGGGGACGACCGACAUCCACAGAGUCCUCUCCUCCAUCACCCCUGCUCAGAAAGACAAACCACGGCCGCUCUACUUUGUCAAGGUAGGUGUGUCGUUUCAUUCCAGAGAGUUUUUAUACCCUUCCCUCAACGUUCUCUCCCUCCUCCUAUUCCCCUUCAUUCAUCCCUUCUCUGUCUCACCCAGGGGUGAAUGUAAGGCGGUCCGGUCCGCCGUUCCAGCAACAUAAAUAGUGGGGUAAAACAUAAAAAAAUGCCUCUCACAGUAAUGAAAACAAAAUGUCGAGGAAACUGUAGGCUAUUACACCAUUAUUUAACAUUAGCGUAUGUCAGAGGGAUGAAACCUCGGCGGAUGGGCUUGAAAACGGGUGGUAGGCCGUUGCUCCAAAAUGUCAUGUGGUUCAACGAGAACACUUAACAUUUUGCCAAGGCAGAGAUGAGUUGGCCGAAACCGAGACAUGCGCGGACAGCAGUGGAGGCAAUAAUUCUGACCUAUAUUGGCAAUCGCCAAAUGUCAUUGCACUUUUUGGUGUUUUGUGUAACAGAUGUCUCUUUCCAUUCACCAUUUUUUUUGGAGGCUGGAAAUAUGUUGGGUGAAUGUGCGCGGGUUGCUGUGCAAAGGAGAUCUUUUUGAAGUGAUUUGUUUGGUAAAUCAGAUAAAAACAUCAAUACUGGUUGUGUUUAUGCCACAGUAAAAGGUAAUAUAUUUUAAAAGUUAAAUGACAUCUUUAUGACUAGUCCCACAGAGAUGCUAUUGAAUUAAUAGGGAUUGUAAAUGUAAUUGUAUGAUCAGGACCCAUCAGGCAGGAUUAGGCAGCCGUCUAGAGCAACAGUUCCAUUUUUUUUUUUUUUUUUUGUAUUCCCUCUCUCUCUCCCCCCUCUCCUCCAACCCCCGCCUCUUUCACCACCCGCUCUCCUCUCACCCCGCUCUCUCUCACACCCCUCUCUUCUCUCACCCCUUCAUCUCUCUCUACCCCUCCUCUCCUCGUCCCCACGCUCUCCUCUCGACCCCCGCUCUCUCUCAACCCCGCUCUCUCUCAACCCCGCUCUCUCUCACCCCGCUCUCUCUCACCCCUCUCUCUCUCACCCCUCUCUCCUCUCACCCCCUCCCUCUCUCUCUCACCCUCUCCUCUCUUCAGCCCACCCCUCUCUCUCUCACCCCGCUCUCUCUCACCCCUCUCUCUCUCACGCCCUCUCUCCUCUCUGCACCCCGCUCUCUCUUCUCUGCCCCCCGCUCUCUCACCCUCUCUCUCCUCACACCCUCCUCUCUCUCUCAACCCCUCUGCACCCCCUCUCUCUCCCCCGCUCUCUCACCCCUCUCUCUCACCCCGCUCUCCUCUCACCCCGCUCUCCUCCUCUCUCACACCCCGCUCCUCUCUCUCUACCCCGUCUUAUCACCCCGCUCUCUAUCACCCACGGCUUCUCUCACCCCGCGCUCUUCACCCGCUCUCUCACCCUCUCUCUCUCACCCUCUCUCUCUCACCCGCUCUCUCACCCUCUCUCUAUCACCCCUCUGCUCCUGAUCAUCCCCGCUCUCUCUCACCCCUCUCUCUCUCAACCCUCUAUAUCUCACCCCGCUCUCUAUAACCCCUAGCUUCUCUCACCCCGCUCUCUCACCCCGCUCUCUCUCACCCCGCUCUCUCUCACCCCUCUCUCUCACCCCGCUCUCUAUCACCCCGCCUCUCACCCCUCUCUCUCUCACCCGCUCUCUCUCACCCCCUCUCUCUCUCACCCGCUCUCUCUCACCCCGCUCCUCAAACCCUCUCUCCUCACCCCCGCUCUCUCUCACCCCUAUCUCUCUCACCAAGUCUCUACUCACCCCUCUCUCUCUUCACCCCGCUCUCUCUCACCCUUCUCUCAGGUGGAUGUGAGUGGGGCCUAUGACAGUCUACCCCACACUCAGCUCUUGGAGGUGAUUGGUCAGGUCCUGUCACAUGUCCAGGAAGAGCUCUUCUCAGUGCGCCGCUACGCCAAGGUGUGGGCCGACAACCACGAGGGCCUCAAGAAGACCUUUGUCAGACAGGUACAACACACACACACACACACACACACACACACACACACUAGCUAAAACUGAUGGAAGGACCUGGCUACGUCGUUGUUGUCAUAGACAGUGACAUAGAGUAUUUGACAGUCUGUUCACGUCAACACUGACACACACACACACACACACACACACACACUUACCUGUCCUUUGUCUCUCCAGACUUGCCCCCGCACAACUUUGUUUUGUUGUUUACAUUGGUGUCUGUGUUCUUGUGUCCAUAAUGUGUUGUGUGUGUGUGUGUGUGUAGGCAGACUUCAUGGAAGACACUCUGGCGUCCACCAACAUGAAAGGCUUUGUGAUGUCACUGCAGAGAGAGGGCAAAGUUCACGAUGCCAUACUGGUGGAGCAGGUGAGAGGAUUGACGGCAGCCGUUUUUGAAGAAUGGCUGCAGCGGUAUCCUACAUACCAAUAACUUUUCAUCCCUACCAGAAUUGCCCCAACAUGGCACCCAUGUUAAUAGUAAAUUUCAAACAGUAAAUCACGACUCUUCUAAUGCGAGUGUUUAUCUUCUGUCAGCAUUUCUCCACAGAUGUUCAUGGCAAAGUCGUCUUAGAGUUCUUCACCCAGAUGCUCUCCAGCAGUGUUGUCCAGUUUGGGAAGAAGUGAAUCAAUUUUUUAGAUUGACUAUUUUUUUCUACAUUACAUAAAACCAUUGACAUACUUUGUCAUUGUCUCAAAUGACCCCCUAUUCUUGAAUGACUUUAGUUUCUCUGUACGUACUUCAGUCUGUCUAUUGACCCCGUAUUCCCCCUUUGUACUGUGUUGUAGAACGUUCCGGCAGUGUCAGGGGAUCCCUCAGGGUUCUGUGGUGUCGUCUCUGUUGUGUUGCCUCUGUUACGGUCACAUGGAGAACCUGCUGUUCCCUAACGUCGCUCAGAGAGGAGGGUGAGGAGGGUGUUGGAAGUUCAACAGGGCUGUAUAGAUAACAUUUGACUGACUGACCGACUGGAGGAGUGGCUGUUCUCUUCUAUUAAGAUAUAUUAAAGAACUUCCGUAUUCGACUGCUGUGCAGAUGAUUCAUCCUAAACCUAACCCCUCAAACAUUGAUUCUCCUUGGAUCACAUGCCUCUUGUCUGUCAGUCAAACUUUUUUGCGUAACUCCUAACUCUCACCACCAGAGGGCACCCUUUGAUGUUGGGAGUUACACAGAAAGUAUCAGUGUGUAAACUGUAAUCUCUGCAUCUCUCUGUUAGGUGUCUGAUGAGACUGGUGGAUGAUUUCCUCCUCAUCACUCCUGACCUGAACCAGGCACAGAACUUCCUCAAGUAGGUCCCAUUUCUCUCCUAUGUAGCCUUCCUGACCUGUACUAACCAUUAUCAUACAGUGCUAUGAAAAAGUAUUUGCCCCCUUUCUAAUUUUCUCUACUUUUGCAUAUUUGUGAUACUGAAUGUUAUCAGAUCUUCAACCAAAACCUAAUAUUAGACAAAGGGAACAUAAGUGGACAUAUAACACAACAAUUACAUAUUUAUUUCAUUUAUUUCAUAAACAAAGUUAUGCAACACCCAAUUCCCCUGUGUGAAAAAGUAAUUGCUCCCUUACACUCAAUAACUGGUUGUGCCACCUUUAGCUGCAAUGACUCCAACCAAAUGCUUCCUGUAGUUGUUGAUCAGUCUCUCACGUCGCUGUGGAGGAAUUUUGGCCCACUCUUCCAUGCAGAACUGCUUUAACUCAGUGACGUGUGGGCUUUCAAGCAUGAACUGCUCGUUUCAAGUCCUGCCACAACAUCUCAACUGGGAUUAGGUCUGGACUUUGACUAGGCCAUUCCAAAACUUCUAAUUUGUUGCUUUUUAGCAAUUUUCAUGUAGACUUGAUUGUGUGUUUUGGAUCAUUGUCUUGCUGCAUGACCCAGCUGCGCUUCAGCUUCAGCUCACAGACGGAUGGUCUGACGUUCUCCUGUAGAAUUCUCUGAUACAGAGCAGAAUUCAUGGUUCCUUCUAUUAAGGCAAGUCGUCCAGGUCCUGAGGCAGCAAAGCAUCCCCAAUCUUCCUGACCAGUACUAACCAUUACCAUAUGUAAUCUUCCUGACCAGUACUAACCAUUACCAUAUGUGGAUGAGAAAUAGCUUAGUGUAUCAGUGGCUAGGGCCAACUAUACAAUAUGAAAGUAAAUCUGACAUUUGUUGAGGUCAUGUCAUUCUUGGAGGCAGAAAUCUUAACGUAAGUCUGUAAAAUCAACCGUUGGUUUCUAUAUUUUGGGUGUCUCCGGUGGGUCUUGCUAAAUGCUUUGCUAGUGAAUGACCAGUUGCUUGACCGUAGCAUAUUCCCAUCCCCCACAUGUUUGAUGCAUUUACCUAUUCCUGUUGAUGAUGUCAUUUCCUCUAAUUUUCUUAGGACCCUGAUGGCGGGGGUUCCCCAGUACGGGUGUGUGGUGAACCCCCAGAAGGUGGCUGUUAACUUCCCUGUGGGUGAGGGGGGGUCCUGCCCUGCUGGGGUACGCCUGCUGCCCUUUCACUGCCUGUUCCCCUGGUGUGGUUUACUGUUGGACACACACACUCUGGACGUCUACAAUGACUACACCAGGUAACACUCUGGACCUCUACAAUGACUAGACCAGGUAACACUCUGGACGUCUACAAUGACUACACCAGGUAACACUCUGGACGUCUACAAUGACUACACCAGGUAACACUCUGGGCCUCUACAAUGACUACACCAGGUAACACUCUGGGCCUCUACAAUGACUAGACCAGGUAACACUCUGGGCCUCUACAAUGACUACACCAGGUAACACUCUGGACGUCUACAAUGACUACACCAGGUAACACUCUGGACCUCUACAAUGACUACACCAGGUAACACUCUGGACCUCUACAAUGACUACACCAGGUAACACUCUGGACCUCUACAAUGACUACACCAGGUAACACUCUGGACAUCUACAAUGACUACACCAGGUAACACUCUGGGCCUCUACAAUGACUACACCAGGUAACACUCUGGGCCUCUACAAUGACUACACCAGGUAACACUAUGGACAUCUACAAUGACUACACCAGGUAACACUCUGGGCCUCCUACAAUGACUACACCAGGUAACACUCUGGACCUCCUACAAUGACUACACCAGGUAACACUCUGGGCCUCUACAAUGACUAGACCAGGUAACACUCUGGGCCUCUACAAUGACUACACCAGGUAACACUCUGGACGUCUACAAUGACUACACCAGGUAACACUCUGGACCUCUACAAUGACUACACCAGGUAACACUCUGGGCCUCUACAAUGACUACACCAGGUAACACUCUGGGCCUCUACAAUGACUACACCAGGUAACACUCUGGGCCUCUACAAUGACUACACCAGGUAACACUCUGGACCUCCUACAAUGACUAGACCAGGUAACACUCUGGGCCUCUACAAUGACUAGACCAGGUAACACUCUGGGCCUCUACAAUGACUACACCAGGUAACACUCUGGACCUCUACAAUGACUACACCAGGUAACACUCUGGGCCUCUACAAUGACUACACCAGGUAACACUAUGGACAUCUACAAUGACUACACCAGGUAACACUCUGGGCCUCUACAAUGACUACACCAGGUAACACUCUGGACCUCCUACAAUGACUACACCAGGUAACAGGCACAAGGAUGGAAGCAUGCACGCACAGACAUGCAGACACAGGCAUAGGUACACACACACACACACACACACACUGGGGUAUUGCUUUGGUGUUGUGAACAUUCAGAUCCACUGAUUUUGUUUCUAUUACCCAUGUUCUUUGUGUGUGAUAGGAUAUAGGAUUUAUUUAUGUUUAUAUGUAUACAUACACUACAUGACCAAAAGUAUGUGGACACCUGCUUGUCGAACAUCUCAUUCCAAAAUCCUGGGCAUUAAUAUGGAGUUGGUCCCCCCUUUGCUGCUAUAACAGCCUUCAGUCUUCUGGAAAGGCUUUCCACUAGAUGUUGGAACAUUGCUGCGGGGACUUGCUUCCAUUCGGCCACAAGAGCAUUAUAAUAAUAAAUAGUGAGGUCGGGCACUGAUGUUGGGCGAUAAGGCCUGGCUCGCAGUCGGCGUUUCAAUUCAUCCCAAAGGUGUUCGAUAAGGUUGAGGUCAGGGCUCUGUGCAGGCCAGUCAUGUUCUUCCACACCGAUCUUGACAAACCAUUUCUCUAUGGACCUCGUGUCGUGCACAGGGGCAUUGUCUUGCUGAAACAGGAAAUGGCCUUCCCCAAACUGUUGCCACAAAGUUGGAAGCACAGAAUCGUCUAGAAUGUCAUUGUAUGCUGUAGCGUUAAGAUUGACCUUCACUGGAACUAAGGGGCCUAGUUCGAACCAUGAAAAACAGCCCCAGACCAUUAUUCCUCCUCCACCAAACUUUACAGUUGGCACUAUGCGUCCGGUAGGCAGCGUUCUCCUGGCAUCCACCAAACCCAUAUUAGUCAGUCGGACCGCCAGAUGGUGAAGUGUGAUUCAUCACUCCAGAGAACGUGUUUUCACUACUCCAGAGUCCAAUGGCGGCGAGCUUUACACCACUCCAGCCGACGCUUGGCAUUGCCAUGGUGAUCUUAGGCUUGUGUGCGGCUGCACUUACACUUAGCACUUCCAGUUGACCGGGGCAGCUCUAGCAGAGCAGAAAUUUGACGAACUGACUUGUUGGGGAAAGGUGGCAUCAUAUGACUGUGCCACGUUGAAAGUCACUGCGCUCUUCAGUUAGGCCAUUCUACUGCCAAUGUUUGUUUAUGGAUAUUGCAUGGCGGUGUGCUCGAUUUUAUACACCUGUCAGCAACAGGUGUGGCUGAAGUAGCCCAAUCCACUAAUUCAAAAGUACCAGUCAAAGGUUUGGACACCUACUCAUUCAGAGUUUUUAUUUUUACUAUUUUAAAACAUUGUAGAAUAAUAGCGAAGACAUCAAAACUAUGAAAUAACACAUAUGGCUGCUUCAUUAAAUAGUACCCACAAAACACCAGUCUCAACGUCAACAGUGAAGAGGCGACUCUGUGAUGCUGACCUUCUAGGCAGAGUUGCAAAGAAAAAGUCCAGUGUCUGUGUUCUUUUGCCCAUCUUAAUCUUUUAUUUUUAUUGGCCAGUCUGAGAUAUGGCUUUUUCUUUGCAACUCUGAAGGUCAGCAUCCCGGAGUCGCCUCUUCACUGUUGACUUUGAGACUGGUGUUUUGCAGGUCAUAUUUAAAGAAGCUGCCAGUUGAGGACCUGUGAGGCAUCUGUUUCUCAAACUAGACACUCAAAUGUAUUUCUCCUCUUGCUCAGUUUGUGCACCGGGGCCUCCCACUCCUCUUUCUAUUCUGGUUAGAGCCAGUUUGCGCUGUUCUGUGAAGGGAGUAGUACACAGCAUUGUACGAGAUCUUCUGCUUUUCUUUCGAAAACAAGGACAUUUCUAAGUGACCCCAAACUUUUGAACGGGUAGUGUAUAUAUAUUCUGUUUUUUUAUUUAUUUUUUACUUUUCAUAUAGGUUUGAUUUCAAUCAAUUGCUAUGCAGGCGAUGUUUUUUUUGGGGGGUGACACACUGAGCAACCCAGAUGCAACAUAAAUUGGGGUCCAGAUUUUAGAUGGCUCAUUGACCUUUGUACUAGAGUGACUAGGAGGAUUACCGAAGUCUUACUAUCUCGGUCUGUCAAUGUACUGUUUAUAUGGUUCCUGUCUCUCUCUCUCUCUCUGUUACCGCCUGCAUGGUUUCUGGUAAAUGGUUCUUAACUACCUUGAACCCUGGCCGUACUUACUGGUAUAGAGUUCUAUUGAGCAACAGUAAAUCCUAGUGGGACUCGGAGUCAGAUUGCUGAUGGGUCAAUAUGAAUGAUGAUGAAUUGGUAAGAAACAUAGGAUAAGAUGUAUCUAACUGGAUGUAUUCAUUAUGAUAAAAAGCACAACUGAACUUGAUGUCUAUUCCUGUCUUCUCAGCUACGCUGGCCUAUCCCUGCGCUACAGCCUGACGCUAGGCUCCGCCCACUGUGCAGGGCAGCAAAUGAAGAGGAAGCUCAUGUCUAUCCUUAGACUCAAGUGCCAUGCCCUCUUCCUGGACCUGAAAGUGAGUCGGGCUCUGCUAUAGGCUAAGACCACCUGUCAAUCAACUGCUUUGUCCACUCUCUCCCACCCGAAGUGUGACUGUUAUCCAAUCCCUUCUGUUGUGUGUUUUUCAGACCAACUCCCUGAAGGCUGUCUAUAAAAACAUCUAUAAGCUAGUGUUGCUGCAACGCAUUCAGGUAAGGUAGCCUAUGGUCUGACCUGAAAAUGACCUUUCAGUGGCUUGACCUCUCACCUCACCCUUACCACACACCUCCUCCAGCCACUGCCUGUCCCAAACACAGGAGAGGGACUUCAGCCUCUGUCUGGAAGAAAACCCAGAUAGAAACACCCCAUCUUCUUUUAUAAAGAGGAAUGUCUCUGGAUGGAGCAGAUUGAUGGUUAACUAGCUAACCACUGACAUAAUUUAUAGCUGCAGUAAUACGCAGUAGCAGAAAGUGUUUAUUUUGUAUAAGUGAUCACUCUCUAUGGUUAAUGUUUCCGUAAUGGGGGUCAAUCAUUUAUUUUUGGGCACCUUAUAUUCCAAGAGUGGACACAUUCCAUUUUUCUUUCAUUAACAUUGGCCAUUUUUUUACUUCUAAGCUCCCACACAACACACAGCAGAUGAAUAUACACGGUACUUUCUGUGGUUGUGGGCGUUAGGUUCCAUUCCUGUGCCCAGAGUUUGCCCUUUGGUCAGAAGGUGGGCAGAAACCCCAGCUUACUUCUCCUCAUCUGAUCUGGGGACAUGGCAGAUAACCAACCAGCUGGUCAGACUCUGCAACAAGGGCAAGCCUUGGAGUAUUUUUAAACUAUUUUAAUAUAGGACUCUCCAUACUUCUGUCAUUCUAGCUUUCAUCUCGCUCUCACACCCCCCAUCCCACGCCAUCUCUGUCCCCCCUCAUCGUCACUGUAGCCUUCAUUAGCAUGCUGAUAUUUAGUCUCUUUCUCUCUGGUGUCUCUCUCUCCCCCCCAGGUCUGUCUCUAGGUUGUACGGCUCUGACAGGAUCCUACAGUAGAAGCAGUAGAACUGAUCUACUCUCGACUUCGUGUUCUGUCCCGUCAUCGUCCCGUACAAAACCCCCCAAAAAAAAAAAAAUUUCUCAGGCUUAAGAAAGUCUGUCAGUACCUAACUAAGUGCCUAUAGGGGGAGAAAUCCGUUUUAAAAUUUCGUUUGGGUCGAAAAAACAGAUACUUUGGGUCGCCCAAAGAUGUAUUUUAGUCGGGACCCCUAAGUACUAAACCAUGACUACCUAGUUCUAAAAGGGUUGAUCUUUUUUUAUACAUCCUUUUUUUGGUUUUUGCAGCAGCGCUGACUAAGCUGUGUUGACAUGACAACUAGGUUGGAGUUCCGAACGGAACGAUAUGACGAGUCAUGUAAACAAUUUUUUUCUGCUCACUAUUUGGACAUUGCAGUCAGUUGGUGAAACAGGAUUUUUUAUACUAUAUAUAAUAUAUAUAUAUAUAUAUAUCUAUUAUGUAUAUGUAUAUGUAGAAUACACUACAUGGCCAAAGUAUGUGGACACCUGCUCGUCGAACAUCUCAUUCCAAAAUCAUGGGCAUCAAUAUGGAGUUGGUCCCCCCUUUGCUGCUAUAACAGCCUUCAGUCUUCUGGGAAAGGCUUUCCACUAGAUGUUGGAACAUUGCUGCGGGGACUUGCUUCCAUUCGGCCACAAGAGCAUUAUAAUAAUAAUAGGGUCGGGCACUGAUGUUGGGCGAUAAGGCCUGGCUCGCAGUCAGCGUUUCAAUUCAUCCCAAAGGUGUUCGAUAAGGUUGAGGUCAGGGCUCUGUGCAGGCCAGUCAUGUUCUUCCACACCGAUCUUGACAAACCAUUUCUCUAUGGACCUCGUGUCGUGCACAGGGGCAUUGUCUUGCUGAAACAGGAAAUGGCCUUCCCCAAACUGUUGCCACAAAGUUGGAAGCACAGAAUCGUCUAGAAUGUCAUUGUAUGCUGUAGCGUUAAGAUUGACCUUCACUGGAAACUAAGGGGCCUAGUUCCGAACCAUGAAAAACAGCCCCAGACCAUUAUUCCUCCUCCACCAAACUUUACAGUUGGCACUAUGCGUCCGGUAGGCAGCGUUCUCCUGGCAUCCACCAAACCCAUAUAGUCAGUCGGACCGCCAGAUGGUGAAGUGUGAUUCAUCACUCCAGAGAACGUGUUUUCACUACUCCAGAGUCCAAUGGCGGCGAGCUUUACACCACUCCAGCCGACGCUUGGCAUUGCCAUGGUGAUCUUAGGCUUGUGUGCGGCUGCACUUACACUUAGCACUUCCAGUUGACCGGGGCAGCUCUAGCAGAGCAGAAAUUUGACGAACUGACUUGUUGGGGAAAGGUGGCAUCAUAUGACUGUGCCACGUUGAAAGUCACUGCGCUCUUCAGUUAGGCCAUUCUACUGCCAAUGUUUGUUUAUGGAUAUUGCAUGGCGGUGUGCUCGAUUUUAUACACCUGUCAGCAACAGGUGUGGCUGAAGUAGCCCAAUCCACUAAUUCAAAAGUACCAGUCAAAGGUUUGGACACCUACUCAUUCAAGAGUUUUUAUUUUUACUAUUUUAAAACAUUGUAGAAUAAUAGCGAAGACAUCAAAACUAUGAAAUAACACAUAUGGCUGCUUCAUUAAAUAGUACCCACAAAACACCAGUCUCAACGUCAACAGUGAAGAGGCGACUCUGUGAUGCUGACCUUCUAGGCAGAGUUGCAAAGAAAAAGUCCAGUGUCUGUGUUCUUUUGCCCAUCUUAAUCUUUUAUUUUUAUUGGCCAGUCUGAGAUAUGGCUUUUUCUUUGCAACUCUGAAGGUCAGCAUCCCGGAGUCGCCUCUUCACUGUUGACUUUGAGACUGGUGUUUUGCAGGUCAUAUUUAAAGAAGCUGCCAGUUGAGGACCUGUGAGGCAUCUGUUUCUCAAACUAGACACUCAAAUGUAUUUCUCCUCUUGCUCAGUUGUGCACCGGGGCCUCCCACUCCUCUUUCUAUUCUGGUUAGAGCCAGUUUGCGCUGUUCUGUGAAGGGAGUAGUACACAGCAUUGUACGAGAUCUUCUGCUUUUCUUUCGAAAACAAGGACAUUUCUAAGUGACCCCAAACUUUUGAACGGGUAGUGUAUAUAUAUUCUGUUUUUUUAUUUAUUUUUUACUUUUCAUAUAGGUUUGAUUUCAAUCAAUUGCUAUGCAGGCGAUGUUUUUUUGGGGGGUGACACACUGAGCAACCCAGAUGCAACAUAAAUUGGGUCCAGAUUUUAGAUGGCUCAUUGACCUUUGUACUAGAGUGACUAGGAGGAUUACCGAAGUCUUACUAUCUCUGUCUGUCAAUGUACUGUUUAUAUGGUUCCUGUCUCUCUCUCUCUCUCUGUUACCGCCUGCAUGGUUUCUGGUAAAUGGUUCUUAACUACCUUGAACCCUGGCUGUACUUACUGGUAUAGAGUUCUAUUGAGCAACAGUAAAUCCUAGUGGGACUGGGGAGUCAGAUUGCUGAUAGGUCAAUAUGAAUGAUGAUGAAUUGGUAAGAACAAUAGGAUAAGAUGUAUCUAACUGGAUGUAUUCAUUAUGAUAAAAGCACAACUGAACUUGAUGUCUUAUUCCUGUCUUCUCAGCUACGCUGGCCUAUCCCUGCGCUACAGCCUGACGCUAGGCUCCGCCCACUGUGCAGGGCAGCAAAUGAAGAGGAAGCUCAUGUCUAUCCUUAGACUCAAGUGCCAUGCCCUCUUCCUGGACCUGAAAGUGAGUCGGGCUCUGCUAUAGGCUAAGACCACCUGUCAAUCAACUGCUUUGUCCACUCUCUCCCACCCGAAGUGUGACUGUUAUCCAAUCCCUUCUGUUGUGUGUUUUCAGACCAACUCCCUGAAGGCUGUCUAUAAAAACAUCUAUAAGCUAGUGUUGCUGCACGCAUUCAGGUAAGGUAGCCUAUGGUCUGACCUGAAAAUGACCUUUCAGUGGCUUGACCUCUCACCUCACCCUUACCACACACCUCCUCCAGCCACUGCCUGUCCCAAACACAGGAGAGGGACUUCAGCCUCUGUCUGGAAGAAACCCAGAUAGAAACACCCCAUCUUCUUUUAUAAAGAGGAAUGUCUCUGGAUGGAGCAGAUUGAUGGUUAACUAGCUAAUAGCUGCAGUAAUACGCAGUAGCAGAAAGUGUUUAUUUUGUAUAAGUGAUCAUCUCUCUAUGGUUAAUGUUUCCGUAAUGGGGGUCAAUCAUUUAUUUUUGGUCACCUUUAUUCCAAGAGUGGACACAUUCCAUUUUUCUUUCAUUAACCAUUGGCCAUUUUUUUUACUUCUAAGCUCCCACACACACACAGCAGAUGAAUAUACACGGUACUUUCUGUGGUUGUGGCGUUAGGUUCCAUGCCUGUGCCCAGAGUUUGCCCUUUGGUCAGAAGGUGGGCAGAAACCCAGCUUACUUCCUCAAUCUGAUCUGGGACAUGGCAGAGUACACCAACCAGCUGGUCAGACUCUGCAACAAAGGCAAGCCUGGAGAUUUUUACUACUUUUUAAUAUAGGACUCUCCAUACUUCUGUCAUUCUAGCUUUCAUCUCGCUCUCACACCCCCCACUCCAUCUCUGUCCCCCCUCAUCGUCACUGUAGCCUUCAUUAGCAUGCUGAUAUUUAGUCUCUUUCUCUCUGGUGUCUCUCUCUCCCCCCCAGGUCUGUCUCUAGGUUGUACGGCUCUGACAGGAAUCCUACAGUAUGAAGCAGUAGAACUGAUCUACUCUCUGACCUUCCUGUUGGUUCUGUCCCGUCAUCGUCCCGUCUACAAGGACCUCCUCCCUCCACUACACACACGUACGUUACACCUCCUCCGCGUUGACGUUACACCUCCUCCGCGUUGACGUUACACCUCCUCCGCGUUGACGUUACACCUCCUCCGCGUUGACGUUACACCUACUCCCGCGUUGACGUUACACCUACUCCGCGUUGACGUUACACCUUUUCUCCGCGUUGACGUUACACCUCCUCCGCGUUGACGUACACCUCCUCCGCGUUGACGUUACAACUACUCCGCGUUGACGUUACACCUCCUCCGCGUUGACGUUACACCUACUCCGCGUUGACGUUACACCCCUCCGCGUUGACGUUAACACCUACUCCGCGUUGACGUUACACCUACUCCGCGUUGACGUUACACCACACUCCGCGUUGACGUUACACCUACUCCGCGUUGACGUUACACCUACUCCGCGUUGACGUUACACCUCCUCCGCGUUGACGUUACACCCACUCCGCGUUGACGUUACACCCACUCCGCGUUGACGUUACACCUCCUCCGCGUUGACGUUACACCUCCUCCGCGUUGACGUUACACCUCCUCCGCGUUGACGUUACACCUCCUCCGCGUUGACGUUACACCCACUCCGCGUUGACGUUACACCUACUCCGCGUUGACGUUACACCUACUCCGCGUUGACGUUCACCCCCUCCGCGUUGACGUUACACCCCCUCCGCGUUGACGUUACACCUACUCCGCGUUGACGUUACACCCACUCCGCGUUGACGUUACACCUACUCCGCGUUGACGUUACACCUACUCCGCGUUGACGUUACACCUACUCCGCGUUGACGUUACACCUACUCCGCGUUGACGUUACACCCACUCCGCGUUGACGUUACACCUCCUCCGCGUUGACGUUACACCUACUCCGCAUUGACGUUACACCUACUCCGCGUUGACGUUACACCCACUCCGCGUUGACGUUACACCUACUCCGCGUUGACGUUACACCCACUCCGCGUUGACGUUACACCUACUCCGCGUUGACGUUACACCCACUCCGCGUUGACGUUACACCUCCUCCGCGUUGGUUUGUUUUUUUAGACCACCCUCUUUCCGUUCACCAAUAUAUUCCGUGAUCAUACUAGAAUACCGUAAUGGCGUCAGACCUGCAAAGAUAACUGCAACACUGUGUGGGUCUAUCAUGGUGCCUACGGGCAUUGAAGACAGUCGAUGAGACGAUCAGGUUUACUGAUCCAGUAGUGAUAUGACCGGUGAUACGACGGGGGGUGGGAAACAGGCAGUGCAGGCUUUUAUUCCACCCCAGCUGUAACUCCAGAGGUGCCUACCCUUAUAGUAAAGGGUAUGUAAGUGUGGAGGUUAUGUCAUUGAGUUCAUUUAUUGUAUUUUGUAUUUUAUAUUUGUAUGUCUUUUGUAUGUUUAGUGGAGGGGGGGGAGGGGAGAGUUGAAAGGUAGGAGAUAUUGAAAGGGCAGUGGGCCAGUGAAAGGUAGGAGAUAUUGAAAGGGCAGUGGGCCAGUGAAAGGUAGGAGAUAUUGAAAGGGCAGUGGGCCAGAUUCGAAACCAUCCCGGCAGCGGUACGUCUGCUCCAGAAGCAUCGGCUUAGAUCGGUAGACCACCCCAGGCCACGUUGAGUUCAUUUCUAAAGAUAGUAGACCACGCCAGGCCACGUUGAGUUCAUUUCUAAAGAUAGUAGACCAUGCCAGGCCACGUUGAGUUCAUUUCUAAAGAUAGUAGACCACGCCAGGCCACGUUGAGUUAAUUUCUAAAGAUAGUAGACCAUGCCAGGCCACGUUGAGUUCAUUUCUAAAGAUAGUAGACCACGCCAGGCCACGUUGAGUUAAUUUCUAAAGAUAGUAGACCACCCCAGGCCACGUUGAGUUCAUUUUCUAAUGAUAGAAACAUCCCACUGGAUUGGACAUAUUUUCUCUCAACCACUUUAUGGACCCGUAACUGUUUAUUUGCUUGCUGUAGUCAGUGGCUGUGUAUGGGUCGGCUUCAACUGUGUCCCUCUCUGGCUCUACAGGUAAGAGGAAGCUGGAGAGGAAGCUGGGGGGUUUGAGACUGGCACGAAUCAGACAAGCUGCCACACCCAAAAUACCUGAGGACUUCAAGGCCAUCUGGGCCUAG